GUGUAUGACGUCACGACCGAGAGGCAGGGAUCCGGAUCCAACUGACGACGAUGACGUCACACAUAACACUCGGCCUCGGCCUCGGACCACAGACUCGAGGCUCAAAUAAAACUCGACCUUGUGCAGUAAUUAAGAGAUACAGGUGUGUAAACUGCAGAUAUAAUCAAAGGUAUAUUUAGAAGCAUGGCAGAGAGUGAGCGGGUGAGGUGCAGGAAGUGCCGCAAACUGCUGCUGUCUAAAGAUGAAUUUUGCCUUCUUGACGCCCACAGCCAGGACUACCAUGAUACACAGGAAAAUAUUGAUGGUGGAGGCUGUACAUCAGUAGACCAUCACAGUUGCCUAUAUUUGUCCGAGGAAUCUUUCCCGGACUUCAUACUUACUGUAAUAAAUGAGAGUUCCUGGACCAAAGGGAAGAUACAUUGUCCAGGCUGUCAGGCUCGAAUUGGAUCAUUCAACUUUGUAUCAGGCAGCCAGUGUGCCUGUGGCUCUCAUGUUCUACCACAGGUUCACAUACUGAGGUCUAAGGUGGAUUGGAUGAAGGUAGGAGAAGCAUUACCCAAUCCUGUGUCAUUUCCUGACCGUGCUGUUGCUCUGUCUGCCACUACACUGCCCUUUGAGGUCACAACAUCUUCAUGUUCUCCUGGUGAUGAUACAACUGACAGUGGGGCUCUUACAACCCAUCUCUCUGGUGACAAGAUGGACUGUCCGGCUGAGCAACCUUCCCCUCGUACCGACUGUAAUGAUUUAAGUGAUACUUCCUCAAAGUCAAAAAAAGGAAUAUAUAAAAGUGGUGAAGCAAGAGAAUCGGGACGACAUAGUACAAGACGUAGACGUUGUAAGGCCAGAGAGGAAACUGAAAAUGAUCACACAACAGUAACGAGCGCCUCCACUGAUGAAGAGUUGCUUGUGUCAUCAUCACGAUUCCAAGUGUUAGCUGAAGAAGAACUAACUGAGGAUGAAGGAGACGAGGUGACCACAGAUGAUGAAGACCAACCUCCUGAGUACCUAAAGUGUCCCGUGUGUCUGGACGUGCUGUACAGUCCUCUCGUUGCCCGCCCCUGUGGACACAUAUUCUGCGAGCCCUGUCUGCGACGCCUGGCGCGACCAAAUCCCACCCACACACUCUGUCCUAUGUGCAGGCAGAUAAUUGGCCAGUGCAUGCCUUGUCCCAAAUUGGCAACUGAGGUACGGGAAAAGUUCUCGGAGUUGUAUGGACGCCGACGCCAGUACGAACAACAGCACAACAGUCAACACAUGCCUCUUCCUUGGCUCAAACACUUCAGGUUCAGACAAUUUCAGUACAACAGCCGCGGCUGGGUUGAGAGAGCGGGAGGCUGGCGGACAGUAAUAUGUAUGAUGUCGUUGAAUAUCUUGGGUAUUGGAAUCUUAUUAUAUCUGGGAAGACCUGUUAAGGUUCAGCCAGACCUUCAUGUUCAUCCAGACUCUUCCUUGGGUGCAGAAUGAUGUAAGAUGAAAAUCAGAAUAUCUGUACCUAUAUGUAAAUGUUAUUGUACAUUAUUCUCAGAUUAGGAGUUUAUGCAUAUGUACAGUUCUGUAUAUACCUGCAUUAAUGAUUUAUGUGACCAAAUCAGAAAAUGUACAGAUAUGAUGUAAUCAUCACUAUGAGAUCUAUCUCCAUUAAUACCCCCAUCCCUCUUCAGUACUGUACACAACUGUGUUAAAGUGACCUGACUUUAAUGUUAGUAUUAGUGUGUCUUCCCUAACAGCCAUCACCCUCACAGGAGAGUAACAGCACAGGCGUUCCCUUUAGUAAACAAGGUUGAGUUAUCCUUGAUGGUUGUCAGACAUCUACUCCAAGUUGCUCCUUCCCACUCAUCAGGUGGUUCCUGUGUGUACUACGCAUACAACUUUAGAGAUUACUGCUGCACCUCUAAUUCCUGAAGGUUUUUUUGGCCAUGUCAUGCAGUCCUCAGUGUUAGUAAGUAGAUAAAGCUUACCUACUUAUUUUUUGUUACAAGUGCUAAUUAGAGUUUACUAAAGAUACAAUUUGAAUACAGCAGACUAGCCAUUUGGUGGAAGCUGACAACGCUCACUCUGUGAAGGUGUCAGCAGAUUUGUCAGCUUUGCACAUGAAAUCUAAAAAAAUUACUCUUGAUCUUUUUGUAAGUAAUUACCAAGUGGUACAGUCAGGUUUGAUAUCCCAUUUUUAGUCCAAUGCUGUACAAAUUACAAUGGUAAGAAUGUGGGAAAUGGUGUUAUUUGUUUUUAUAGCACCAGUAUUUCUUGCUAUCUGUUCACUACUUCUACUGUAGUGCUACUUUCACCCCUAUGUAGAUCUUCACACUACCUAUAUCACUGCCUUAUUGUGUAAAAAUUUAAAUGUAGAAGCAGGAUCACCAUCUGCUAAAGUAGUUCUAACAGCAGGAACGAUUUUAUAAAAAAAUAGAUAACCGGAACAGCAUUCUGGUUUGUUACACUCCAGCUCUGCUCUCAAUACUGUAGUCGUUUCAAUUUCAAAAUCACAAUACUUUGUUAGUUUAUCAGUUGUACAUAAGGAUAGCGGCUUUGUUAGUUUUACAGCAAUCAACUUAUGGUUGUUGGUUCAUGUCUGGGGUGUCUCAUGUCUACCCAGCUGUUGAUGGGUAUCUGUACCCAACUUUAUGGAAGGCAAAAGUGAAGGCAGUUGAGUGCAGGGCCAGUCACGUGCCUCUUGAGUGCCGAAGGCUCAGUGUACGGUCACUCAGGAACUUAUUAACUACAACUCACCAGAAAAGUCAGACCAAGGCAAGGUAGCCCCUCAUGUAGUCUCAUAGAUAUCAAUUUUGGUAACCAUGAUCUUUAACCCAAAGUCUGCCUCUUACCCUUCCCUAUAUCAUGUUACAAGAGACAUUUACUAAGUCUGCCACUAUUUUUACUUCUAAAAGUCAGCUUAGGACUUCAUACUACUGUACUAUGUUCCACUCAAUGUAAACACCUUGGUACUGGGCUAUGUUUUCCUCUGCUCCAUCCAUUGCAGUCUUGUCAACUAAAGUGAGUAUGGCAUUCCACUUCAAGCCACUAAGUGUUUCACUCAACAGCUCACACAUUAGUAUUGACAAGGCAUUUCCCAGAUAUGCUCAGCCAAUUGUUGUUAUAACUAACUACUGUACAGUAAAACACGAGAAAAGAUUGGACCAAUACAGUCAGAUACCGGCGAGCUCACUGAUAACGACGGAGAAAUGAGCAAUAAUUUGAAUAAAUAUUU